AUGGUCUAUCGCUUGGUCAAUUCUCCAGACCAGGAGAGAACAAUCUCGGCUGUAGAUACCUGCACACCCCAAUGUUAUCUUUCAGACCUAAUGUCCAGCGUCCUCAUGUCGGUCCAAGUGAUGGUGAUAUGUGUGUUCCUGGAAACUACACUGAAACUGUCAAAGCGAAACACCUCCCACAAAGAUUCGUGGCUAUCCUCUCAAGGAUCGCAGCUCGCAAAAUUCGGUCUUGAUCUUAAUCUUGAGGCUGUCGACCUAGCUGCUUGA